AUGCCUCCCAAGCGCAAGUCUGAACGCGCACUGAGCGCAAACGACUCAAUUGCAACGCCCUCAAAAAGGCUGCGCAACGAUGUUGCGGCAACCCCAACUUCCGCAGCUCCAGUUUCUGUGCUUGAAGCAACUCCCCAAACAGACGAGAAGAGGGGUCGUGGACGACCACGUAAAAUCCCUGAAAGCGCAACCCCCAAGCCUGCUGCUUCUGAUGGUCCUAAGCGUGGUCGUGGUCGCCCCCGCAAAACUGCUACAGUGACAGAAUCCGACGUCGUUACUCCCGCUAGUGCCAAAAGAGGCCGUGGACGUCCCCGCAAGGAGCCAGGAACAGUCUCUGCUACACCCGCAACCCCUCAGAUCAAGAAAAAAGACGGCCGAGGAAGACCUCGCAAGAACCCUCUGCCGAAUGGACCAGUCGAAUCAGAGUCGAAGACACCAGUGAAGGCUGUUCUUGCAGCUGAUGACAUUAAAACCAACCGGUCCUUUUGGCUGAUGAAGGCAGAGCCUGAGUCGCGCAUGGAGAAGGGAAAGGAUGUGAAGUUCUCUAUUGAUGACUUGGCUGCUGCAGAUUCACCAGAGCCUUGGGAUGGCGUACGCAACCAUGUUGCCAAAAAUCUCAUGCGGGCGAUGAAGAAAGGAGACUAUGCAUUCUUCUACCACUCAAACUGCAAGGUCCCCGGUAUUGUUGGAGUAAUGGAAAUUGUCCAGGAGCACUCCGUUGAUGAAUCUGCCUUCGACUCCAACCAUCCAUACUACGAUCCCAAGUCCAAGCGCGAUGACCCGAAGUGGGUUGUCGUGCACGUUGAAUAUCGCCGCAAACUUAAGAAGCAGGUUACCCUACAGGAUCUCAAGUCUCAUAGCCAGGCUGGAAAGCCACUCGAGGACUUGCAGAUGAUCAAGCAGGGCCGUCUCAGCGUUUCUUCCGUGACCCCAGCACAAUGGCGAUACAUUCUUGAGUUGGUAGGCGAGAAGCCCCAGGAGGAGUUCACCAAGCUGGAAUCUAGUGACGCGAAGGAGGUAUGA